UGAGGCUGGCGGGGCGAGACAGAAAGCAACUUUUGUCUUGUUUUAAUGGACGCGCUUCGAGCGGCGGCGGGCGGUUUGCUUUCCUGUCGUCUUUAUCUCUAGCUGCCCGUCUGAGCCUCUUCCCUCCCUCCUCCCCGCGUGUGUCUAAACUCUUUCAGAAACAGUCCCGUUCAGAACAGCAUGGUCAUGGCUGACGGUGUCCAAAAACCGCUGCUCCGGGGUCCGGUUCGAGUGGGCUUCUACGACAUCGAGCGCACCUUGGGAAAGGGCAACUUCGCUGUCGUGAAGCUCGCCAGACACCGCAUAACCAAGACCGAGGUGGCCAUUAAGAUUAUUGACAAGACCCAACUGGAUGCUGUCAACCUGGAGAAGAUUUACAGGGAAGUUCAGAUCAUGAAGAUGCUGGACCACCCUCACAUCAUCAAGCUGUACCAGGUGAUGGAGACGAAGAACAUGCUGUACUUAGUCACAGAGUAUGCCAAGAAUGGCGAGAUUUUUGACUAUCUGGCAAAGCACGGCCGUCUCAGUGAGCUGGAAGCCAGGAGGAAGUUCUGGCAGAUCCUGUCUGCAGUGGAGUACUGUCACAACCGAAACAUCGUCCACAGAGACCUAAAGGCAGAAAAUUUGCUGCUAGACGGCCACAUGAACAUCAAGAUUGCAGAUUUUGGAUUUGGGAACUUCUUCCAGCCUGGGGAGCCUCUAGCCACAUGGUGUGGCAGCCCGCCUUACGCUGCUCCAGAAGUCUUUGAAGGACAGCAGUAUGAAGGCCCGCAGCUGGACAUCUGGAGUAUGGGGGUGGUGCUUUAUGUGCUGGUGUGUGGUGCGUUGCCCUUUGAUGGGCCCACUCUGCCUGUGCUCCGACAGAGAGUCCUAGAAGGAAGGUUUCGCAUCCCUUACUUCAUGACUGAAGACUGUGAGCACCUGAUCCGCAGGAUGUUGGUACUGGACCCGUCCAAACGCUUGUCUUUGACCCAGAUUAAGGAGCACAAGUGGAUGAUUCUAGAUGUUCCUGUGCAGAGGCCUGUUCUGUACCAGAAGUCGCUGUCGGCUGAGGGUGAAGCAGGUGUGGGGGAAUACAGCGAACAGGUCCUUCGCCUCAUGCACAGCCUCGGCAUUGAUCAGCACAAGACUAUAGAGUCGCUCCAGAACAAAAGCUACAACCACUUUGCUGCUAUAUAUUAUCUGCUGGUGGAGCGGCUCAAGGCGCAUCGCUGCAGCUUCCCUGUCGAACAGCGGCUCGACGCCCGCCAGCGACGGCCCAGCACCAUCGCUGAACAGACGGUCAUCAAGUCAACCAGCGGUUCAGCCCAGGUGGGUUUGCUUCCGCAGGGUGUUCGUAUGCUGCGCUCCCCUGCUGUUCCCCAGUCCUCCUCCGACACUUGCACUUUCCCACAGUCUGCAUCUCUGCUGGAGCAGAUUUUUAUGGUGGAGGACAUCAACACGCCCAAAGUGAAUGGCUGCCUGCUGGACCCCCUCCCUCCCACCACUGUCCACCGCAAGUCCUCCACCUCGUCGCCUAGCAACAUGAUGGAGACAUCGAUUGACGAGGGCAUUGAGACCGAGGAGCCCGACGCAGAGGAUGAUCCAGCCCACCUGCUGUCAGCCUAUCAGACCGCUCGAUUCGGACAACGACGGCACACCUUGUCUGAAGUCACCAAUCAGCCGGGCCCGUCGAGCCAAGGUAAAUUCUUCACUCUAGGCCACAACCCAUCCACGAGCAGCAUGAACUCCGACAUGGGCUACGACAUGGGCUCUGUGCACAGUGACCUGGGUCUGCUGGAGGAUUCUCCCCCCUCCUUCAGUGAAGCGGUACCAGCCAGCAGCUCCACCCCUGGCGUCACGCCUGCACCCUUCUUUAUGGCGAGGCCUGCCAACCCAGCUAUGGCUGCCCUGAGUACACAGCACAGGGAGGCGCACAACCGCUCCCCCAUCAGCUUCAGAGAAGGACGCCGUGCCUCAGACACCUCCCUCACACAAGGUUUGGUGGCAUUUCGGCAGCACCUCCAAAACUUGGCAAGGACCAAAGGCAUCUUGGAGCUAAACAAAGUCCAGAUGCUGGUAGAGCAGAUGGGCUCUGGGGAAGGGACCACCGGGGGCCCCGUGGGACCGCAGCACCACUUGCACAACCUGCUGGAGGGUGAGGCUUGCAAGCAGCAGGAGGGCCUAGCUUUAUACCAAGGCGAGCCACAGCCGCCUCUCCUUUCCCGCAGACAGAGUUUGGAAACACAGUACCUCACUCACAGACUACAGAAGGCCAACAUCUUGGCUAACAGUCCUGCUAGCUGUCAGCUGUUCUGUAAGGAGACUCCUCGAAGUUUAGAGCAGCAGCUGCAGGAACACAGGCUGAACCAGAAGAGGAUGUUCCUGCAGCAGCAGUCACAGAGCAUGGGACUGCAGGCUUACUUCAACCAGAUGCAGAUAGCUGAAGGUUCAUACCCACCAGGCAGUCCUGCUCAGGACCUGACGGUGCCUCCCAGUUCCCCUCAGGGCCCCACCAUGUCCGCCAGCAGCCAGCCUCAGCCCCAGCAGCAGGGCAGUCCUCAGGCCUCUCCUCCAUUCGGCCACAGCCUGAGUCCCCUGAUGGAACCGAGCGAAGGCGUGGUUUAUGAUCCCUACAUGAGCCAUCACCACUACACCCAGCAUCUGCCUCAUGGAGCUCACCUCCACCACCAGCUCCACCAUCAGCAGCCUCCUGAUGCUUCCAGCAGCGGCCUGAGCUUCAGCUACUCUGUGGGCUGUGAGCAGCAGCCUCUCGGACUUGAACCUCUUCUACCAGACCAGUAUGAGUUCUCCAUGAACCCCACUUUGCUGCCUCCACUCGCCUCAGGAGAGGCUGCUCCUGGAGUUCUGGCUGCUACGGGGCAGUCAGACAACCGGGCCAUGCCUGAGCUGCAGGGUUCUCUCCUGGACAGUGAGAUGAUGGAGACUGUGGACUCGCAGCAUGGCUUCGUACUGGUCAAUUAAAGCAGGCUGGCUCAAGAGCAGUAUUAAGCACUGGGCACCUACACGGCACGGUGAGCGACGAGAACGGAGAUGUAAGUGGAGGCUGUGAGAG